AGCCGCGAUCGCACCAUCCUCAGCGGGGCAGCACCGGCACCGCCACCGGCAACUGGCACCGGCUCCAGCGCGCCCGGCCCGGCCGCUGCAGGAACAAUGGCAGAGCCCUUCCUUGUGGAGAGCCCCGACGUGACCUACAGCAAGGAGUUCAUCGAGGCGCAGUACACCUACAGCAGCGUCCACGUCUGCAAGGAGAACGGCGUCACCAGGGUGAGACCAUGCUCGACCCGCUUCACCUUCCGGACAGCGCGGCAGGUCCCUCGCCUCGGCGUGAUGCUGGUGGGCUGGGGGGGGAACAACGGCACCACGGUGACGGCGGCGGUGCUGGCCAAUAAGCUGGGCUUGUCCUGGAUGACCAAGACGGGGCGGAAGAAAGCCAACUACUACGGCUCCCUGCUCCAAGCCUCCACCGUCUGCCUGGGCACCGGCCCCACCGGUGAUGUUUAUGUGCCCUUCCGGGACCUGCUGCCCAUGGUGCACCCCAACGACAUCAUCUUUGAUGGCUGGGACAUCUCUUCGCUGAACCUGGCGGAGGCCAUGCGGCGGGCGGAGGUGCUGGACUGGCAGCUGCAGGAGCAGCUCUGGCCCCACAUGGAGAAGCUGAAGCCCAGAGCCUCCAUCUACAUCCCCGAGUUCAUCGCCGCCAACCAGGAGGAGCGGGCGGACAACGUCCUGCGCGGGUCCAUGGCUGAGCAGGUGGAGCAGAUCCGCAGGGACAUUCGGGACUUCAAGGAGAGGAGCAGGGUGGACAAAGUCAUUGUCCUCUGGACAGCCAACACCGAACGCUUCUGCGACGUCGUGCCGGGGCUCAACGACACCGCUGACAACCUGCUGCAGGCCAUCGAGCGAGGCCUGGAGGUGUCCCCGUCCACGCUGUUCGCCGUGGCCAGCAUCCUGGAGGGCUGUGCCUACAUCAAUGGCUCCCCCCAGAACACCUUCGUGCCCGGGGCGGUGGAAUUGGCCACCCAGCGCCGAGUCUUCAUCUGCGGAGACGACUUCAAGUCUGGCCAGACCAAGCUCAAGUCAGUGCUGGUGGACUUCUUGGUGGGUGCUGGGCUCAAGACCAAGUCCAUCGUCAGCUACAACCACCUCGGGAACAACGAUGGGAAGAACCUCUCAGCCCCGCAGCAGUUCCGCUCCAAGGAGAUCUCCAAGAGCAAUGUGGUGGAUGACACAGUCCAGGCCAACCCCAUCCUCUACGGCCCCCAGGACAAGCCUGACCACUGCGUGGUGAUCAAGUACGUGCCCUACGUGGGGGACAGCAAGCGAGCGCUGGACGAGUACACCUCGGAGAUCAUGAUGGGUGGCACCAACACCAUCGUCAUCCACAACACCUGCGAGGACUCGCUGCUGGCCAGCCCUAUCAUCCUGGACCUGGCCAUCCUGACCGAGCUGUGCCAGCGCAUCACCUUCUGCACCGAGGCCGACCCCGAGUUCCAGAGCUUCCACAGCGUCCUCUCCAUCGUCGCCUUCCUCUGCAAGGCGCCGCUGGUGCCCGAGGGCACCCCCGUGGUCAAUGCCCUCUUCCGCCAGCGCAGCUGCAUUGAGAAUAUCCUGAGGGCCUGCCUGGGGCUGCCCCCCCAGAGCCAUAUGCUGCUGGAGCACAAGAUGCAGCGGCCGACGCCCAGCCCCAAGCGCUCCUGCCCGGGGGGGGGCACCUGCCCCCUCAGCCCUAAGAAGACAUCGAUGCCCACUCAGCUCAACGGGCACCCCUGUCCUGGCACCCCCCGGCCUGGUGCCCCCCGCACUCCCCUCCACGUGGAUGGAGCUGACUAACAGCAGAAGCCUUUUUGUACUUCAUAGCAGCUUUAUAGAAGGGGGGGGGGGCGGUGGAGGGGGGUGGUGGUGGAUUUGGGGUCUGGUGGGGAGGGGGGGGGCCACGCCCUGUGUGCCCCUCCCUGCCCCGAGCACUCGGUGCUGCCCAGCUCCGAUGCCAGCUCAAACUGUGAAGCUUUGUACCUGCCAAUAAACCUGGAGCACAGCCUGA